GGUGAAAGGACGGAACAAAUCAUAACAAGCCUCUUAUGAAAGAGGUGAUAAAUGGGCAACUCAAAUAAGAAAGAAAGCACAAGAAGAAGACUGAUAUACGCUAAGUAUCGCUGCAAAUGUACUUCCCUGAAGAUGUUUAUGUACAGCCAAAUACUUACAGAGAAUUAUUGGAUUGCCUCCAGUCCAGUUGGUGGCGCUAAUGGCUACGAAAACUGACAACCCAAUCAAAAGAAGAAACCAUUUUUUUCUAACUUCGUAAGACUGCCUUUUCUGUGUUUACCUCGCAGCUCGUCCACUCAGUGACUCAAGAUGAAGAGAGCCAGAGGUGGCGGUGACGACGAAGCUCCCCGGCAGAAUGGCAGCGCUGGCCGGAGGAGAGGAGAGAGGCAUCAGAGUGAUGGGGACGAAGCCGGGGGUGACAUCGGCCCAACAGACCUGCAAGACAACGACAACGACCCGGGCCUCAGGAGAGAAAUACGGAGCAAGUACAGAGACCUCAUCAGCUCAGUGCAACAGAAUCGGGAAGAUAUGCUGAGUCUCAACAACAAUAAACUCACGGAAGUUUUAGAGGAAGCAAAUAAACUUUUUAAAGAUGUCCGGCAGGCGAGAGAAGCGGCGCUGGAUGCCCAGCUCCUUGUUGUGGCCACAGACCUGGGAAAAGAGAAAGCCAGCCAAAUGUUUUCUGAAGGGACCGCUUUCGAUCACAGUGUUUUUACAGAGCACCUUUUGUCCUUCAUGGGCCUAAACCGACUAGAAGACGGGGAGGAUGAGCAGCACAAUGGAGGCACCGUUGACGGCUACCUGCCCCACGAUGCCUGGCACAGACUCGCCAGGAGAGCGGAGUUCUGUUUCAGAACGGCACCGUCUUUCCACUACAUGAUGGGGUCAUUUCAUGCAGAGCCACCUCCUCCAAAGCAAAGGAUAGAGCGGCAAAGGAAGGCACCCAGCAAGGAAGCCAAAAGGAUAAUGCCUACUCAGUUGAAGAAAAUGGAAGAGUCUCAUCAAGAGGCGACAGAGAAAGAGGUGGAAAGGAUCCUGGGGUGUUUGAAAAGUUAUUACCAAGAUGAUCCAACUUCACCGAUCUCGUAUUAUGAGUUUGUCAUUGACCCCGACUCGUUUUCACGGACGGUGGAGAACAUUUUCCACACGUCUUUUCUGAUCAGGGAUGGUUUGGCACGGAUGUAUCUGGAUGAUGACAGAUUGCCUUGUAUAGCGCCUGUAGAAGAAGGGGAGGUGGAAGCUGGAGGUUCAUGCAGUCGGAAACAGUGCAUCAUCUCCAUCAGCCCAAAGACGUGGAAGGAGCUCAUAGAUGUGUUUGAGAUCAAAGAAAGUAUGAUUCCCUCUCCGAACUCUGAGUGAUGGACCGGUGCUGCCUCCACAUCUGAAAAACUGUUCAGUGAAUUUUUAAUUUUUUUUAAUAUUUGCCAAUUUUGAUUUAUUGUGCUUAUUGCUAAUGUCAAUUUUAUUCUGUAAAAAGUCUCAAUAUUUCAUAUUUCUGAUACUGACCUUUGAUAUAUUAAAUAUUUAAAAGCAA